UAUAUAAAGAUGUGCAACAGACCAACAGUAUUGUAUUUUACAAAACCUCUGACACGCUCGCCAUAAGACAGUUUUUUGCUGACUGUGCAUCAGUGAAAAGGAUGAAGUGUACUGUAGUGUUUCUCGUGUUGUCUAUGGUUGUCCUCAUGGCCGAACCUGGAGAGGGUUUUAUUGGAGCCGUUUUAAGUGCAGUGCCUCAUAUCUUCCAUGGCAUCAAAAGUCUAUUCCACGGGAAAGACAAACUUGCAGAGAAACUGGACCAACAGCAGCUGGAGCAACUGGACCGAGAGUUGCAGGAGCAACUGGACCGAGAGUUGCAGGAGCAACUGGACCAGCAGCAGCAGGAGCAACUGGACCAGCAGCAGCUGAUGGACAAACGCUUGUUUGAAGACGUUAUUGCACAACGUCGUUUUGAGUAGUCUAAAAGGGGCUGUUCUGCAGAUUUUUCAAUUCAUUACCUUUAACAUGUGGCAGAGAAGUCACAACUUUGCUUGGCAAACAAUAUUUUGAAAAUGUGUCCGCACUGCUUAUUCUGAUGAAAGA